AUGAGCUCUAUUGAUCUUGUGAUUGAUUCGUCAGAGAAAGAAGAAACGGUUACAUCGUCGGAAAAUCUGAUAAGACAACCAGAAGAAGAAGAAGUAAUACCUGGGUCGUCCCCAGAAGGAGUUUUUCCAAAUGAAGACGGGCAUAUUUUUGAACCGAUUGAUCACCAAAAUAACAUUCCACCUCAGCAUAUACCUCUGCAAAUCGAAGAUCUGAAGCAUGGCGAAGAAAUAGUUGAAGAACAGGGUGAUAUUUUGGUAGACGAUGGAGAGCAGCAAUAUAUGAAUAUGGUUCACAUUACACCUGAAGAUAUGUACGAAGCUGGUUUUGAAUUUGAAGACCUGAAUCAUCUGACCGAAGAGCAAUUGAAUGUUGUCAUUGCAAUCAGUCAGCAAAGGCAGGCGAAACAAAACGAUAAUGAUCCAAUUGGCGGAGACGGUCAUACCGGUGCUCAUCACAUAAUUCAUGGAAUGAUCGGAAAUGAAUUUGACGGUACUGGAGGCGAUGGGAACGAGUAUGGAGCAGAUGAUGAUUUACAAGUUCAAAUGAGUGAAGCAUCAAUGCAAAUCAUUCUUACACACGAUGGAGGAGUCAACAUCACUGACUCCAAGCAACAGAAUAUUUAUAUCUCUCCCAAUGAAAUAGCCAAUCUCAAUAUUGACCUUAACAAUUUGAACAAUGAUCAUGUGAAUCAGCUGUUACAGAUUGCUCUGCCUUCAAUGAAACAGAAUGAUGAUAAGAACCAUGGAGAGGCAUACACCCGUGACGAAACACCUUCAACAAGUUACCAUCAUAAUGACCAAAUUAAUACAGAAAAAAUUGCCAGACCGUCAAGUUCUAUAAUAGGCGAGACAGUACAAAUUCGAACAUCCGAUGGAAGACUGCAGGAUGCUGUCGUCAAGUACCAUAGAGGAAAUUCUGAAUACAAGAUUCAAUUUAUGGAUGGAGAGUUCGCUUAUGCAACAAUAGACCAAAUGCUAGUUCCUCAACGAGGCCGUGGAGAUCAUGAUGGCUACCAAGUGGCCGCUCCUAUGCUAAUUCGUCGAAGGGAUGUUGGUCAUCUGACGUCACAAAAACGAGCUGCCAGUUCUAGUGAGGACUUGUGCCCACCUUUACUUAAGCGAUCUUAUCAGCUUGCACCUGUCGUCGACGGUCCUCAUAUUCACACUCCGAAUUUCUGUUGUCCCAUCUGUGAUAAAAAGGUGUUUCAAAAGGAACCAUCGUACAUUGUUAUCCGAUUACCAGCAUGUGAUUCAUGUACACGAGAGAAAAUCAUUGUGUUGGAUGAACAAAACAGUUAA